AUGGAUUCUCAGUGGCAGUCUUAUGGGGAUCUCUCGUCGGGUCAUCCCGUUCAUCAUGAUAAUUCGACGAGUCAGAAUCCCUAUCGAUUGAACACAAAAUACAACGGCCAGCAACAGGCUCAAGCACCCGCGGGAUAUACUUAUGAAAGUUAUCAGUCUCCAAUAACCGCUGCGCAAGCCUCGAGUGCAGGUUCCAACUCGAAGUCAGUAGCAAUGGCUUCGUCUCCAGCGACAACGUCUCAUACGCGUGACUACUUUACUGAUGCCGACACGCCCAUGGAAGAUGCCGAUCCUUACAAUCGUGCUAAGUAUUCGUCAAGAUUGAAUCACAGUACACGUCCGUCGUCGCAAUACAUGCCGACCGAAGAAUCGUCUGCGGCGCGUCGAUACUCGCCCAUGAAUAUAUUGUCGCCAACUCUUCCAUAUUCGUCAAGUCCCACAAAGUCAGGCCAAAAUCCAUUCAGCGCGACGCCUUCUGGACCGAGUAGUUCUCGCCAGUCUCCCACAAGAGCUAGUGUCUAUACCUCACCCCCUCAGGGAUAUCAAUCACCACCAGGCUCACGUGGUCCUCGAUUACCUAUUCUACAGUCGACCGAUAUGAGUCCCGAACAAUAUUUCCCAUCAUCAGCUUCGUCACAAUUGAGCGCUCCGUUCGGCUCGGAGUUAAAGUCACCGCCCACAAAUCAACAAAACAAUCACAAACAGCUGCCCGGUCGCGGCUCGAUACCCAAGUUCUCCAGCAUCAAGUCGAUACAGGAACUUAAGUCCAGGGUUAACACGCAGCCAGCCUUCCGGCGAGCUAACCCCGAAGGAGGUUUCAUCAGUCCAUUGCAAGCACUUACAACGCACCUACCGGCUACGUAUCGCAUAUGUAACCCGACAUUCAAAUACGAAUCAUCGCGCAAUCCACGUCGUGUUCUUACAAAGCCCAGCAAAGGUGUCAAGAACGACGGGUUUGACAAUGAAGAUAGUGACUAUAUAUUAUAUGUCAAUGACAUUCUAGGCAGCGAAGAAGGGGGUCAUAACAACCGAUACUUGAUUCUCGAUGUACUGGGCCAAGGUACUUUUGGACAAGUAGUGAAGUGCCAGAACCUUAAGACCCAGGAAGUUGUCGCUGUGAAAGUGGUGAAGAACAAGACGGCCUACUUCAACCAGAGCAUGAUGGAGGUUUCCGUACUUGAUCUGCUCAAUAAAAAGUACGAUAAGAACGACGAUCACCAUCUCCUUCGACUCAAGGAUACAUUUCUGCAUCGGCAACACCUGUGUCUGGUUUUUGAAUUGUUGAGCGUGAAUUUAUACGAACUUAUCAAGCAAAAUCAGUUCCGUGGACUGAGUACAACACUCGUACGAGUAUUCGCACAGCAACUACUCAAUGGGCUUAGUCUCUUGAAUAAGGCUCGAUUGAUUCAUUGCGAUCUAAAACCCGAAAAUAUCUUGCUAAAAAAUCUAGAAAGUCCUAUUAUCAAAAUCAUCGACUUCGGUUCCGCUUGUGAUGAACGACAGACGGUAUACACUUAUAUUCAAUCACGAUUCUACCGUUCGCCUGAAGUCCUUCUAGGUUUGCCGUAUUCAUCGGCAAUUGAUAUGUGGUCUUUGGGUUGUAUUGUGGUUGAGCUGUUCCUUGGUCUACCCCUCUUCCCAGGUUCGUCUGAAUAUAACCAGGUAGCGCGCAUCACAGAGAUGCUAGGCCUGGCUCCUACAUGGAUGCUGGAGAUGGGUAAACAGUCAGGGGAGUUCUUCGAAAAGACACAAGAUGAAUUCGGCCGAAAGUCGUGGCGACUCAAGAGUAUGGAACAAUAUUCUCGUGAGCACAACACCAAGGAACAACCCAGCAAGAAGUACUUUCAGGCAAACACAUUGGAGGAAAUCAUUCGCAGCUAUGCAAUGCCGAGGAAGAAUAUGAAGCAAUCAGAAAUUGAAAGAGAGGUCAACAACCGUGUUGCGUUCAUUGAUUUCGUGCGCGGCCUUCUACAAAUCAAUCCGCUAGAGCGAUGGUCUCCACAACAGGCCAAGCUGCAUCCCUUCAUCACCCAGCAGAAAUUCACUGGUCCUUUUGUACCUCCAAUGAAUCUGAAGUUCUCGGCACUUAACAAGAGUAUUGCUCCCGGUAUCCAGCAACAGCAACAGGCUGAAGCUGCAAGCAAACAGAGAGCCGCGCAGGCAGCUCAAGCGGCUCAGGCUCAGGCUCAGUCUGCAGCACAAUCAGCCUAUGCUAUGCAAAUGGGUCAAUACCAUUCGCCGUCACAUAAUCAAGCGCCACCCGUUUACAACGGAAUGUACCCUGCUCAUCAGCAAGGCGCACCGCCGCCUUAUCCUGCUCAACCUCCAGGAUAUGGACACCAAAUGGGCAUGAUGCAAGGACAGAUGCAACCGCAGUACCCACCUUCGCAAAGCCUUUAUACACAGGCUACUACUAGAGCUGGAAGACAGCGAGCAACUACCCUUGAUCCACAACAAGGGGGUAUCCCGCCUACCAUACAGCGUGUGGCUAGUCAUCUCGAUCCUAAUGCGCCUAUCAGGUUGCAGCCAAGUCCUGCAUACUACCCUCCUCCCCCAGACAGCUAUGCUGAGUCUGCUGCAAACUCUCGGCGCCGUGGAAGCCGGGCAGGUGCUGGUCAUCGGAAUAGGGACUUUAUCCGCACUCUUGAAGAUGGCGCCCUUGGCGAUGGGUUCAUGGGACAAUCACAAUGGCAUUAG